AAAAACGGUUCCAGGUUUAGUCUACCUUAUGGAAUGGUGGCACAUCGGGCCCCUGGUCCUCGCGGUGCUGGUCUUCCUGCUGGCGGGCACCGUCAUCGAGCGACACGUGGAAGGUGCUGUGCUGGGCUUCAUUAACCGCCACCAGCCACAGAGCCAGGCCACAGUGGGAGUGGAAGCCUCCGAUGGGCACGACCUGCAGCAGCAACAGAAUGAUUGGCUGCAGCAGCAGCUGCUGAAAAAGAACAAGGACUUGGAAGAGCAGGAAUUGUUGCUGCAGAAACUGCAUCAGCAAGAGUUGCAAAAAGAAGAGCGCUUGCAGCCGGCAAAUGUAUAA